AUGAACAGCAGUGGGUCAGCGUAUCCUCUAGCCUCGCUCUACGUCGGGGACCUGCACCCUGAUGUCACUGAGGCCAUGCUCUACCAGAAGUUCUCUCCAGCCGGGCCAAUCAUGUCCAUCCGCGUGUGCCGUGACAUCAUCACCCGCAGGUCUCUGGGAUAUGCCUACAUCAACUUCCAGCAGCCUGCCGACGCGGAAUGUGCCUUGGAUACAAUGAACUAUGAGGUCAUCAAGGGUCGACCAAUCAGGAUCAUGUGGUCACAGCGAGACCCUGGCCUGAGGAAGUCUGGUGUUGGCAAUAUCUUCAUUAAGAAUAUGGACGAGUCUAUUGACAACAAGGCUCUCUAUGACACGUUCUCUGCCUUUGGAAAUAUUCUGUCCUGCAAGGUGGUUUGUGAUGAGAACGGCUCUAAAGGCUACGGCUUUGUCCACUUCGAGACACAGGAAGCGGCCAACCGGGCCAUAGAGACCAUGAACGGGAUGCUGCUGAACGACCGCAAAGUUUUUGUAGGAAACUUUAAAUCUCGUAAGGAGCGGGAGGCUGAGUUUGGAGCGAAGGCCAUUGAGUUUACCAACGUCUACAUCAAGAACUUUGGAGAGGAUUUUGACGAUGAGAAACUGAAGAAUCUCUUCUCUGAAUAUGGCAGGACCCUGAGUGUUCGUGUUAUGAUGGACGAGAGGGGACAAUCACGAGGUUUUGGCUUCGUCAACUUUGAAAACCAUGAGGACGCACAGAAAGCUGUACAGGAGAUGAAUGGUAAAGAGUUGAAUGGGAGGAUUCUGUACGUGGGACGGGCUCAGAAGAGGCUGGAGAGACAGGGUGAACUUAAACGCAAGUUUGAACAGAUCAAACAGGAACGCAUCCAGCGCUACCAGGGUGUGAAUCUGUAUGUGAAGAACCUGGAUGACAGCAUUGACGACGAGAAACUAAGGAAAGAGUUUGCUCCGUAUGGCACCAUCACCAGCGCCAAGGUCAUGACUGAAGGAGGCCACAGUAAGGGCUUUGGUUUUGUGUGUUUCUCCUCUCCGGAGGAGGCCACUAAAGCAGUAACGGAGAUGAACGGGCGUAUCGUGAGUACCAAGCCGCUGUACGUUGCCCUGGCGCAGAGGAAGGAGGAGCGGAAAGCCAUCCUCACCAACCAGUACAUGCAGCGACUGGCCAGCGUCAGGGCCAUGCCCAGUCCAGCCAUGCCCGUGUACCAGCAGACCUCCAGCUACUACGUGCCCUCUCUACCUCAGCCUCAGGGUCGUGCUUUUUACAACACUGUGCCUAAUCUCCGCUCAGCGCCCCGCUGGGCAGCCCAUCCUCCGAGACCACAGGCUCCGUACUCGGCACAGGUUGUGAGGUCGGCUGUACCACGUAAGGCUUCUACCCCUAUCAACACUGUCCGCCAGGCUUCCACCCAGGCCCCGCGAAUCCUCAACAACACACAGAGAAUGGCUAAUAUUGGCACCCAGACGGCAGGUGGGCGUACAGUAGGUGGUGCUGUGGUCAGAGGAGUCAAUCAGUAUAAGUAUUCUGCAGGAGUCAGAAAUGUGCAACAGGUUAUCACUGUCCCAGCUCCUAUUGUACAACAGGUCAUGCCUCCCCCAGUGAUGGAGCCUGCAGUACAUGUACGAGGACAAGAACCACUCACCGCCUCCAUGUUGGCAGCUGCCCCACUCAUGGAGCAAAAACAGCUACUGGGUGAGCGGCUGUACCCACUGAUCCAGGCCCUCCACCCGGCGUUGGCUGGUAAGAUCACAGGCAUGCUACUGGAGAUUGAUAACUCUGAGCUACUGCACAUGCUGGAGUCUCCAGAAUCCCUGCACUCCAAGGUUGAGGAGGCAGUAGCUGUGCUUCAAGCUCACCAAGCCAAAGAAAUGUCCCCUAAGAAGUGA